AAUGUCUAGCUGAUGAUGCUUUAGAAAUGCUUGCUCUAACAUCUCUAUAUUUAACGUCCUUUCACGGUCAACUAUUACAAUAUGAUAUGUCUAAGUUUUGUUAUAAACUAUUGUAUCCAUCACCAUUCCAAGCAAAAGAAUUAUUGCAAACCAAUAGUUCACCACAAUCUUAUUUGAAAAAUAAACAAUUUGCUAAUA